AUGCCCCUCAACUUGGACGAGGAAUUUAAACUUUACUCAACAAAUGCCGAACGAGAGAAAUACGAUAACCAAGCAACGCUCUAUAGCAUCAUCCUUUCGCUGGAAUAUCUGGAACGAGCGUAUGUUCGGGACUCGAUCACCCAGGCCCAAUAUACUCCUGCCUGUGGACGUCUGCUGGGUCAUUUCAAGACACUGUUGAACUUAGUUGGUGGUGACUUACAAUGGAUUCAGAACUUCAUGGCUGAAUACAGAAUGGAUUGUCAGGCCGCUGCAAAUCGAAUCCGAGUCGGUGUCCCAGCCACGGUAGAACAUUCCUCCGAGGAAGGAAACGAGUCAUCGAAAGCCUCUCGGGGAGUAGCAGAAACCACACAAAACUUUAUUACAUUUAUGGAUGCCCUGAAAUUGAAGAUGAGAGCGAAGGAUCAACUCCACCCAUUACUCAGCGAACUUAUGGUGGGCUAUUCGAAGUUUCCAAAAAGUCAAGAAUGGGAGGGUCGUCCGAAGAUUUUGCAUUGGUUGAUAACUCUGAAUUCGAUGAGGGCAAGUGAUGAAAUUACGGAUGAACAAUCAAGACAGAUCUUGUUUGACAUCGACUCAGCCUACCAGGAAUUCUAUAAAAGUCUUACCUGA